AUGGAUGGAAAGGUGGUCAGUCUUUCUUGUGUCCAGUGCUCCGAGCCGGCGGUCGUGGUUGUUGAGGUUAUGUUUGGCCUCUUCCCCUCCGGUCAGGAUCCAGACUGCUACACUAUCUCCUAUAGAACAGCACACAACCUCACGGAUAAGAGGUGGCCCCACUCGUCCGAUGGCUCCUCCUACAACAUGACUAGUGCUAUGAUAUCAUCAUCGCUACCAGCCAAUCAGACAGACGGUUUUGCCCUGCAGAAGAACUCUACUGGACCCGGCUACUUUCUUACGCCGUUCUUCUGCAACAUCCUUUUAUCCUUUAUCUGUCACUGGGAAAUCCCUCUCCUCCCUCGUUUGUUCACCUUUGACCUGCUGGACGUAACAGAGAGAAAAGCAGAUAUCCACUGGAGUGACAUCACGUUCCUAAACUCCCAACACGCCCCCCAGCUCUAUGUCCAAUACAAAGAUCAGGAGGAAGGGGAAGAAAAUGGGGAAGAGGAGAAAGAAAGGGAGAAGAGAAGUGCAGGUCGUGUCCCAGUGUCCCUAUUGUCCAGAGGGCUGAAGGUGCCAGGUCUGUCCCCAGGGAAGGUCUACUCUCUGUCCCUCAGAGCCUCUCACCUCACUGGGGCCACUUGAAGCCUUGGGAACACGCACAUCACUCACACACGGCCUUCCCCCUCGGACAUCACCAUUUGCAAUGUGACAGCCAUUCAGAUCACAGUAAGCUGGACGGCCCUAGACUCCCAGCAUGCUGUGCAGUGGGGCUUCCUGGUUUGCUGGGGGGAUGUAGCUUCAGGCCAGGAGAAGAGAAUGGGCGUGGCCAGCGGUUCCAGGUAGACUGUGAUUGGCAGACUGGAGGGGUUCAGGAAGUACAGGGUCAGAGUUAACUCCGUCACAGAACAUGUCCCAGGAGCCCUACAGGAAGUGCUGGUGGUGGAAGAGGAUGUGACCUCAUCAGUGUUUCUACUGUUGUGUCCAUCAGGGGACAAGUCGUCAUGUCGUGAGAUGGUGGUCCAUAGCAACAGUCUCCAAGUUGGAGGUUUGACCCCAGGGGCCGUAUCAGAGUUCCUAGUUGUAACCUUUGACCCUCAGAUAUGUGGAGAGACUGAGACAGAGCUGAGUUCUCCCUGUGCCGUGGUGAAGUGGGACACUGCCAUUGGCCAGUUUGACUUCCACAGGGCUGAUGUAUCCAGUCUGAGUUCUCGAACAGCGUUUACAGUCAUGGUGACUGCCGCAUCCUCCUCCAACCUCAGCCCUCCGGUCAGCCGCAUUAUCAACACCAACGAAACCGCCCCAACAUCCCCACCUACCAAUCUAGAGGGAGAGAGGGUAGGCUCCAAUGGGAUCCUUCUGUCUUGGACCAUGCCCUCUGACUCUCCCAUCGACGGUUAUGUGAUCAGGUACAAGGAGAUGUGUCCAUAUCCAGAUACCACUUUCAAAGAGGUGACCAAGCACCUGGAUGUCCCAGAGACCCUCCUCAACCUCUUUUUACCAGGAUCUACCUAUAACAUUAAGGUUGCAGCAGAAAACUCUGCUGGUAUUGGUCCCUAUAGCAAGUCUAUGUACAUCAAAACUGCUGAGGCCCCCCCCGGCCUGGUGACUAAUCUGACAGCAUUUGCUCAGAACCACACGUUCGUAGUGGUCACGUGGUUCCUGCCACUCCGCAUCAACGGUCUGAUCAACAAGUUUGCGGUCAAAGCCAAACACGCUCGUACCGGUCAGACCGUCCGCAUGCUGGAGCUGGAUGCUGAGGAAAUCAUGACCGUAGCGCUACCACACUGCAACGAUGCAGUAGAAAUCCUGUCUCGUGGGACCGCAAGUCCAUCAGAGGUGACAGCGUCCUCUCCUCCUGUCACCCUGUCAGCCGUCCCACCUGCCGCCACAUGGGCUGUACCAAUAUCCGUAGGGGUGGACCAGCUGCGUCCCUACACAGCAUACGUCUUCGAAGUGUCCGCUUUCACCUCCGACGGAGAGGGACAGGUAGCCUCCACCAUGGUCCGCAUGCCUGAGUCAGCCCCAGAGGACCCUCCCUACAACCUGUUGGUAUGGAAUGUGACGUCUAAGUCAGUCUCUGUCUCCUGGGAUCCGCCAACCAUUGUUACCGGACGCUUCAGCUACGUCACCCAUCUCUACGGCCCUACAGGGUUUAUCUAUGAGAACAGCACAGGGGACCUGAAGUUUGUGUACUCUGGUCUGACUCCCUAUACACACUACAGAGUAGAGGUCCGGGCCAAGUCUGCUGGCCUGCUGGGGCCUGAGGCCUUUUCUGCUGCACUGACACAUGCUGAGGCUCCCAGUGCUGUACAGGCUCUGCAGGCAGUAGCACUAGACUCUGUGUCGGUGGGUGUGAGUUGGAGAAGCCCUGCCCAGCCCAAUGGUCUGAUCACACAGUACAGACUCCUGGUUCUGUCUGACAACACACUGCUGCAGGACAUCACUCUCAUCGGAACACAGAACCUAAAUGAGACUGAUAUCCAUGGUGAUGGAACGUUAGUGCCAGGUAUCCCUGGUGACUCUCUGCGGCGUAAGAGAUCAGCUGAACUCAGCCUGACCACCUCUCCGCUUGCAUUCACGGUCACCCUGCCCGACCACACGGUCGUCACCGGCAUGACCAUGACCACAACCAGCCGCACACACAGCGCUUCAACCCCCUCUGACCUUAAUCCUAACCUUGACCACAACAAUUACACUGUCCCCACAGUCACUGAGAGCCCCAGUCUGACUAGUAUGGGCCCUGGGACUGACCAGACCUCUGACUUUCCAGACUCCUCCCCUAUGACCUUUGAUGCUGUAACUUCAGGGACUUCUGUCCUCUCCCUGACCUCUUCAACCCCGGCCACACCCCUGCCCUGGCUCACUGCCCACUCACAGCCCGGCCAGCUCACCUCUGGCCAGCCACGCCUCUCCACCCGCUCUGUACCUGCAGUCACUGGACACCUCCAGACACUCCCCUCCACCAGGGCUGCAGCCUCCAGCACCCCGGGAGGACUGUAUGUGAGAGAGGAGGUGAUAGACAUGAAGUCUGAGGAGCUGUCUUACCUAGUCUCUGGUCUUAGUCCCUUCACUGAAUACACCUUCACCGUUACCGCGGCUACCACUAUUGGAGAGGGUCCUGCCUCACACGUCUCUGAGAAGACCCGCGAGCAGGUUCCUAGCUCAGUGGUGGCUGUGUCCUAUCAGAAUGUUAGCUCCACUUCCAUCCUGGUCAGCUGGACUCCGCCCCUCUACCCCAACGGACGAAUCACACAUUACACCCUUUACGGACUCAACCUGCACAGCAACCAAGCCCUGCAGAGAGUUACACACAACACCAGCAUACUGCUCACAGGGCUGGGGAAGUAUACAGGUUAUAAGCUGCGAGUGGCUGCAUCUACUGCUGUAGGAGAGGGCUCUCUGUCUGACCGAGACGAUAUCUUCGCUGUCACACCCGAGGAUGAACCUGACUCCCCACCCAUAGGAUUAACAGUGGUAGACACCUCUCCUUCCACCGCCACCCUCUCGUGGUCGCCCCCGGAGAGAGCCAAUGGGGUGAUUCAACAGUAUGAGGUCCUGUACGAGAACCAAUCAUAUGUGGCAGUGUUGAACAGCUCUGUCCCCAGAGUGACUUUGACAGGGCUGAUGCCGUUCUCCUACUAUAAUGUGUCUGUCAGAGCAUACACACGCCUCGGACACGGGAACCACACCUCAGACACACUCACUAUGCUGUCUGGGGAGGACGUACCGGGAAGUCCUCCCUACGGCCUGUCCUAUGAGUCCGUCAGUCCCAAUGAGGUGAAUGUGACCUGGGAACCCCCCCUAGUGCCCAAUGGAGUUAUCACGCACUACAGCCUUGAGCUGCGAAACUCUUCCCACUUCCUCAACCUGACCACACCCAUUAGCCACGUCCAGAUCACUCACCUAAGGAAGUUUGCGCAAUACACUCUGGUGGUGAAGGGACACACACGAAUGGGCCCUGGAAACCACAGCAGUGACCCACUCAACAUCACCACACUGGAGGAUGACCCAGACACUCCCCCUCAGUUCCUGUUAGCCAGGAAGUUGUCAGACUACGAGGUAGAAUUGUCAUGGGAACCGCCGAAAGAGGCCAACUCUGAGAUCCUCUACUACAUAGUCAAAGUCUGGAAUGAGUCAUCUGAGGUGUGGCAGAAUGUAACAGGUACAGCGGUAGUGGUCAGCGUUGACUCAGAAAGUCGCUUCAACGCCUCUGUCUCCAGCUGGACACGCCUGGGGGACGGGGGAGUCCUCAUAUACAUCAGCUUCAGUAUUAUUGACACAGUGCCAUUUGACCCACCCCAGAAUGUGUCGUUGGUGAACCUGACAUUUUCUUCAGUGACCGUCCUCUGGCAACCCCCCACUCAGCCAAAUGGAAUCCUCCUUCACUAUACUCUGUACUACUCAGACAAUACCACUGUCACGGAGCAGCGUAUCCCAGUGUCAGAGCUGGACCCUGUCUCUCUGGGGGAGGACCUGUCCUACUGUCUGUCUGGCCUGAGAGGAGGACAGAACUACAGCCUCUGGCUGACCUCAAGCACCAUGCAGGGGGACGGAGGGGUCCGUACUGAUCCUUUAGACCUACUCACCCCAGAUGGCGUUCCCAGUGAUCCGGUCCACAAUCUCAGUGCUCAGAUCUUCAGUUCUACAGCCAUCAUAGUAAGCUGGGAUCCCCCUAUGGAACCCAACGGACGCCCCUUCUACUUGCUCACCCUGCAGGAAGCAGGACACCCCCAACCUCCUAAACCUCUGAACCCCUCUUACCCUAACACCAACCCCCCCGGACCCCCCACUGUCAACAAUACCAUCACCAAGACAACCAACGAUAACGUCUUCCUGUUUACCAAACUCAGGAAGUACUAUCCCUAUGUCUUCACCGUUACCCCGGCAACUAGUGCCGGCCCGGCCCACAACCACACCAGCCUGCUGCAUGUGAGGACUGAUGAUGAUAUUCCCAGUUCAGCUCCAGUGCUGGUGUCCAGUAGGAACCUGUCGUCCUCCUCUGUGUCUGUGGUGUGGCAGCGCCCACUGGAGGCCAACGGAGAGAUAACAGAGUAUUUCCUCACCAUGUUCGGCCCUGGCGGCUCCAACACCACACACACCCCCAACACCACCCUCACACUCACACAGCUCCUGCCCUACACAGCCUACAACCUCUCCAUCACCGCAGCCACCCGCAAGGGCUCCGGACCCCCGCUACUACUGAUGCUGCACACAGAUGAAGCAGGUCCGAUGUCUCCUCCCCGGAACCUGUCUCUGUAUAACCACACAGCCUUCUCUGUGUGGCUGACCUGGGAACCCUCCCUGGAACCCAAUGGUGUGGUCACAAACUACGGCUUCAGGAUCUGGGAGAUUAACACAAACACAAUCAGAUAUCAGAACUCUACAGGUCCGUGGACAGAAGGACAGCUGAGUGGGUUCAGGCCUCACAGCUCCUAUGAGAUCAGUGUGCUUAGCUACACCAGAGUGGGUCAUGGAGACCAGUAUAGCACUCCUGUGUCCUUCACAACCAAUGAGUCCGUGUCUGAAGUGGUGGGUAACCUGUCCUGCUCUGGUCUGGGCUGGGACUCUGUGUUCCUACACUGGGAGCCUCCAGCCAACCCCAAUGGACGCAUCCUGUACUACCAGGUCCAGGUGGACAGACACUCAGACUCACAGUCAUACAUACACCAGGCUGACACAAACCAGUUUACGAUCAGUGGGCUGGCGCCGGACGCAGAAUUCACACUCACCGUAACGGCUGUCAACUCUGCCGGCCCAGGAGACCAGGUCAACUGUACUGCCUACACACACCCCGAGUCAGUUCCUGGUGUCCCUCGAUUCCUGAGUGUGUCAGAGACCACGUCCACCAGCGUGACGCUCCAAUGGGCUGCUCCCCUCUCUGCUCUGGGCAUGCUCACUGAGUACCGCAUCACCAUGCAGCUGUUGUCACCUGACUGCCUGUCCAACACACCCCUUUCUGAAGCCACACACCUCCCAGAGCCGAGCCCUUCCCUGGCUCCAGGCUGUGUGGAUCAGGAGGUGUUGGUGUCAGUGAAUGGUUCUGAUGGUGGUGAGGGCAACAGGAGCAUCACUCUCCAGUCUCUGGCCAAGUACCGCCUCUACCGCUUCAGAAUCACAGCCCUUACUAAUGCUGGGCCAGGAGAACACACACCCUGGAGAUACACACACACACUGGCUGGGAACCCUGAUGCCCCUCCCAGCAACCUCUCAAUGACCAUGUCCUCCAACGGCCUCCGUAUCGAAUGGCAACUCCCAGAUGUGAUUACCGGCCCCACUUCCUACCUCAUAGACGUAAUCUCUUUGGAUAGCGAGGGGUUAAACCAGUCUGUAGUGCGCGGCCCAGAGGAGCUGAGGACUGUAGUUGUGUCGAACCUGACUGCGUUCACUCGCUACUCUGUGACCGUGACCGCCUUCACUGGACGACUGGAGAACGCACGGCGGGACGGACAAGCCACUGAGCCCACUGUCAUCAGAACAAUGGAGGAGGAGCCCAGGGAUCCUCCUAAGAACGUGACCCUCCAGGUAAUUCCAGAAGAAGUGACCCGUGUGUUUGUGACCUUUGCCCCCCCGGAGGAGCCUAAUGGGAACAUCAGUUCCUAUACGGUGCUGGUCUACCGCCAGGGCCAGCUAGAGAUGACCAUCAACCGCCUCACCGUGGUCCAAAACGAGAACCGCACCCUGACCGCAGUCAUCGACGGGCUGAAGGGAGGCUACAACUAUAGUAUACGGAUUGCAGCGGUAAACGGAGCAGGUUUAAGCCCCCCCAGCUCAGAGGUUCAGAUCACUACAGGGAUCAAAGCUCCUGCCAAGCCCACCCAGAGACCCCAGGUGGUGCUGGACCGAGGAGGAGUUGCCAUGGUAACCUCCCGAAGCAUUAUUGUUCGCAUGCCAGCCUGUUUCUACAGCAAUGACAACGGACCAAUCAGCAGCAUCCAGGUCAUCAUGUCCGAAUCUGGGGUGAUGGACAGCAUGAACCUGACCAACUGGAAGACAGCAUUUCUCUCUCGUUCCGCCCCCUACCUAACAGACAAUGGCUUCCCCAACCCACUCUGCGUGAGGGACCGUAUGAGCAGGGACACACAAACCAGCGGACUCACUUUCUCACGCAUUAGACACAGCAUUGUGAGGGACAGGGUUCUGGAACAUAGAGACUCAGGGGGGGAGCGCAUAGACCACCAGGAUGAUCAUUAUGUCAUCGGAGAGAAGGACAACUGUCUGACUGAAGAGUACAGUAACACACUCUGUAACGGACCCCUCAAAUCAAACACUGUCUACGUGUUUAAGUUCCGAGCCACCAACAUCCGGGGCCAGUACACAGACUCUGACUACUCUGAGCAUAUCAGAACAGCAGUGGAUGGGUUGUUGACCAGAGAUGAACAGAUCAUUCUGGGAGUUCUCCUCUCCUUCUUCCUGGCCCUGCUGCUCAUCCUCAUCAUCUACGCCUCUGUCAGGAUCCGUCAGCGUCAGAAGGAGGGCGGAACCUACUCUCCCCGGGAGGCGGAGAUUAUAGAGACCAAGUUUAAACUGGAUCAACUGAUUGCUGUAGCUGACCUGGAGCUGAAGGAAGAGAAACUACACCGGUAUUCCUCCUUCUUCUUUAGACGGAAGGAGAUAUUUGUCAUCCAACUUCUCAGCUACAGAAAGUCUCUCAAGCCGGUCAAUAAGAAGUCUUUCCUGCAGCAUGUAGAGGAUCUGUGUGCCAACGAGAACACCAAGUUCCAGGAAGAGUUUGCAGAGUUGCCCAAACUGCUGCAGGAUCUGGCUACUUCAGACGCUGACCUUCCCUGGAACAGAUCCAAGAACCGCUUCACUAACAUCAAACCCUACAACAACAACCGUGUGAAGCUCUUGUCUGAACCUGGCAUGCCUGGAUCUGACUACAUCAACGCUAGCUUCAUCUCAGGUUACCUGUGUCCUAGUGAGUUCAUAGCGACCCAGGGUCCUCUCCCCGGCACUGUGGCUGACUUCUGGAGGAUGAUCUGGGAGACUCGCACACGAACCAUCGCUAUGCUGACACAGUGCUAUGAGAAAGGACGGAUCCGGUGUCACCAGUACUGGCCAGAGGACAAUAAGCCGGUGACAGUGUUUGGGGACAUCAUCAUCACCAAGCUGACAGAGGACGUUUAUCCUGACUGGACUGUCAGAGCUCUCAAAGUGGAGCGGCAUGGGGACUACAUGGUGGUUCACCACUUCAACUACACUUCUUGGCCAGAGCAUGGCGUACCAGAUUCCAGCACCACACUCAUACAGUUUGUUAGAGCCAUCAGAGCCAACAGGCAUGAGAACACCACUAUAGUGGUGCACUGCAGUGCUGGCGUGGGCAGGACAGGAGUGUUUAUAACGCUGGAUCACCUGAUCCAACACGUCAGUGAUCACGAUUUUGUGGACAUCUACGGUCUGGUGGCUGAACUACGCAGUGAGAGGAUGUGUAUGGUGCAGAACCUGGCCCAGUAUAUGUUCCUACACCAGAGUACUCUGGAUCUGCUGAACAGUAAAGGAAACAGCCAGUCCAUCUGGUUCAUCAACUACUCUGCUCUGGAGAAGAUGGACUCACUGGAAGCUAUGGAGGGUGAUGUUGAGCUGGAAUGGGAGGAGACUACGAUGUAAAGGCUGAGAACUUAUCAGUCAACUUCACACCUGAUGAACACACACCUAUCCCUGGGUCAUGGGGCCAAAUCCUGGACACACUGACUGUUUGUCAGAUGGAUUGCUCCACCAGAGAUAGAGAAAGAGGAGGGAGAGAUGAUAGAAAGAGAUUGAAUUGUGUAGUCCAAACAGAGUAAUGUUUCCUCCAGCUUCUUUGGGAACACAAGUUGCCUUUUUUCUGGCAGGAGGGUCAAAACAACACAACAGAAACUUAGUUGUUUAGGACUGAAUCAUCACACCAUUACAGUCCUCGUGGAGUCCUGCAUCUUUUGUAUAAGUCCACAGGCAGAAAAGAGAGGGAUAUAUAUCACACAUGGAAGUUUACAGGUAUCUUGCAAUAGUCAUUCCACUGUGUAUUUCAUUGGAUUCUUGUAUCAUGUUUUUGUAUAUUAAGUUUUUCAGCCAAAUAGUGUUGUCACUGUGUUCAUAUGUUUGCUUCGCUGUGUUACUACUUUCAUAUCACGUGUUCCUAUGUUUGUCAUUGUAAUUGGGGGGUUUGAAGUAUAAUGUAUUUGUGGGGUGUUCUUGUGUAUUUGAUGUAUUUUGUUCCACUGUGUUUUGGACCAGAAGUAAAAUCAACUCCACUACUCA